AUGGAUGAACUGCUUGAAAAAUGUUUGGAAAUUCAUAAAUAUUGUUCUGAUGAAGCAGGGGAAAGUAGAGGAGCCCCUGGACCGAGUGGACCGCCAGGCGAUGUUGGAGCACCUGGACCUGAAGGAAUUGAGGGACGAAUUGGAGAGAUUGGUAAAAUCGGACCUAAAGGACUUCCAGGUCCAGUUGGUCUACCUGGCAAUGAUGCAAUCUGUCCUACUUGUCCAGUCGCCACAGAAUUUGAAUUGCGUCCAUCUCCAACAGAAUGCCCACGGAUUGAGCAAAUGCAGUGUCCACAACUUCCUGGACGAGGAUCAAUUGGAGGUUAUGGAGAUAUGACUGGUGGAAGUGUAUUUAAUGAUGGAUUACCCAAAGUUGUUGAAAGAUUGUUGCCUUUAGUUGUUGAAUUGAUGCUUGAAAACGAAACGGAGACGGAUGCAUGUUUGCGUAUAUGUACAGCAACAAAUUUAACUGAAAGCCGAAUUCUAGAAGAACGUCAACGGAUGCCGAUAAGUACAGAAGCUGCUUAUAUUCAAGGGGCGACAGCUCAUUGUUUUUUGGAUGGAAUUGGAAGGUCUAUAUUCCAUGCCCAUGCAAACACAUUUUUCGGUUCAUGGAUGAGAGAUGCGUAUCCACGGACAGGUGCAGAUUUGGAAAAGCGUUGGUUGGCAGCACAUUUUGAGGGUGAUUCACUUGCUGAAUUUCGCACAGAAGCUGAUCUUCGUCGUGGAUUCCUCUCACAAACUCAUCAACUACCCCAUUCAUUUCGAGGAACGAAUUCUUUAAUAUUCAAUAGCUCUUUUUAUUUUCAUCGUGCUGGAACUCCUUUACUAGCGAAAUAUGAACUAACAACAAAACAUUAUGAAGAAAAAUUGAUUGCUGAAGGAAUGGCAUUUAAAGGGGAAGAUUAUUUGUUCAAUGAAUCUAAAAGUUUUAUGGAUAUUGCCGUUGAUGAAAAUGCUCUAUGGGUCCUCUUCCAUUAUAAAGGAAAUAACAAUUUGAGCGUUGCAAAAUUAGACAUUAACAAUUUGACUGUUUAUGAGAUUUGGAAUAUUUCUACGAUUGAUCACAGGAAAGUGUCUAACGGUUUUGUACUUUGUGGAGUUCUUUAUUUAAUUAAAAGUUCGUCAAUACCGGCAACUGAAAUAUCUGCAGCAUUUGAUUUUUACAGAAAUAAAUAUUUUGAACCAAAAAUAAAUUGGAAGAAUCUUUAUGGAAAUUCUAAUUAUAUUAAUUAUAAUCCUUUUGACAGACGUAUUUAUAUUUAUGAUCGUGGAUAUCUAUUAAGUUUGCCGGCAAGAAUAAAUUGGAGAACUCGCUGAUUUUUUUAAAUUUUUCAACAAAAGUUUGAGGUUUGUGAAGUUUUUAAAAUCGUGUCAGGACAGUUCACCAGGAAUGGAGGUUGUAGGCGAAAAAAAUUCAAUUUUUUGAUCAUCCCCCUCCUAAUUUCUGCCCCCUUUCCC